CGCCAGAAGAUUUGUUUUCAUUGAGAAACUUUCGCUUAUUUUAAAGUUAAUUGUGUUCCUUUUGUCUGUGGCUUUAAAUGCUAUCAAUUAUCAGUUAAUUAACUUGUCUAAUUAUGGCUCGAGAUUAUAUGGGAAAGUAGAGGAUAGAAAAUUUUUCUAUUUUUAACAAUUGACCAAGUGGAGCUGUGUAACAAUAUGAAUGAAUCAAUCGAGUUAAUUGAUUGCACUCAGGAUGAUGACGAAGAUCAAUCUGAAAGCCUGGGCUAUUUUAGAGUUUCUAGACGGAAAAAUCAAAAAAGACGUAAAUUAGCUUUUGAAGCUAAUCCGAUUGUUGCAGAAUUUGAAAAUUCGACUGACUAUUCUUUCCAAAUUAUUGUUGAUGGAUAUAACUCACAAUUUGCUUAUAAAAAGCUGACCAGUUUUCACUUCGUUAUUGAUUCAUCUGAUUCAAAUACCAAUUUCGAUUGCUCUGGAUUCAAACGCGCCGCUUUAUUAGUUAGUGCCGAUUAUCUUACUUCCAUGUUGGUACUUAGAAGAGGACUAGAAGUUAUUGGUCUCACUGGGAACUUGGAACAAAAAUUUUUUGAUGACACUACCUUCAAUUAUUGGAAACAUGUUAAUUUCAUUUAUUCAAUUGAAAGUGACCAGUUGGAUCUUCCAUCAAACGAGAUUAAAGGUGGAAGACGAAUCAAAAUUGACCUGUUUUUCAAAUCAAAUUUAGUUUUUGAUUGUGCCCUAGACGAUCAACCUUUUACAAAUCAAAACUGUAAUGUUUUAACCGUUAUGAAUGAAAUAUUUAACCAUCCAAAAGUUGAUUUAAAUGCAAACUAUUCUGAACCUCAUCUUGAUGUUAUGAGUUCAGUUCUUGAACAAGUCAGAAAGUGUCACGAUCAACAGGAGUCUACAGUUUACUUAAUCCAGCCAGAGAAACUUCGUCCAACUUUAAGAAAUUAUCAAAAAAAAGCUGUACAAUGGAUGUUGAAACGGGAAAAACAGACUUCAGAAUCUGAUACAAAAAGUGACUCCAAACCUCAUCCACUUUGGACUUUUAAUAGUACAUUAAAUUUACAGUACAACUUUUAUGGCGGAUUUUUCCGAUCAAGUAGAGAUGAAAUGAUUCUUGGACCAAAGGCUCUUGGCGGUAUUCUUGCCGAUGAAAUGGGACUUGGUAAAACUGUCGAAAUAUUGGCCUUAUUGUUAACGCAUCUUCGUCCUGAGUCUGAAAUUGAAGCACCAGAUAUCGUGCCGCUGUCGGGUAAAAAACAUCAAGCUCGAUAUUUGUGUCGAUGUGGAGUGAAAACAAGGACUGAAUAUGCAACACCAAUAAGUUGUCUUCGAUGUAGAUCAAUUCAACAUAAAGAAUGUAUCAAAUUUAACGCAACUAAAUGGAAACACUUACCUUAUUAUUGUCCAAAUUGUUGGGAUGAUCCAAAUAUAAGUAAACUUAAGUCACGAGCAACUUUCAUCAUUACUCCAAACUCAAUUCAUCACCAAUGGAAACAAGAGAUUCGUAAACACGUUGAUUUAAGAUCACUCAAAGUUCUGGAAUACAAAGGAGUUUCUGCCAAUUAUAUUUAUCCUUACGAAUUGGCUGAUCAGGAUAUUGUGUUAGCUUCUUAUGAAACACUUGCCAAUGAAUUAAGAUUUGUUGACCUCCCGAAAGAGGAGAGAUUACGUCGACCUAAAAGAUUUAAUCAACCACCUACACCUCUCACAGCAAUCAAUUGGUGGAGGGUAGUUCUUGACGAAGCUCAAAUGGUGGAAAGUGUAUCUACAAAUGCUGCAACCAUGGCGGGAAUUUUAUCAACGGUUAACCAUUGGUGUGUCACCGGAACUCCAAUUCAAAAAAGUGUCAACGAUAUUUUUGGCCUAAUUAUGUUCAUCGGAGAAAAGCCAUAUUGUUCUAGACUAUGGUGGAAACUGUUAAUCGCUGAUCCUUAUUGUAAAGAAAAUUCUGAACCUUUAACUAAUCUUUUGAAAGAGUGUUUCUGGCGAAAUACAAAGGACGAUGUUGCCCGUGAAUUGGGUCUACCUGAACGAACAGAACAUAUCAUUAAGGUUGAUCUUGCGCUUAUUGAGAAGCAUUUCUAUGUUCGUCAAAAAGAAAAGUGUUUACGAAUGUUCGCUGAAUGCUGUCGUAUGGCUUAUCUAGAUGAUCUCGAUGUCGCACUAAAACGCAUGGACAAUAAAUCGUGUCAAAUGCUGAUGAAUCCCUUGUUGAAAUUACGUCAAGCUUGUUGUCAUCCUCAAAUCGCUGGAGCUCAAAUCAUGACCAUGUCAAAGAAAACAAUGACAAUGGAAGAGGUUCUAGAGACUAUGAUUAAACGAACCUCUUACGAAUGUGAAGAGCAUCAUCGUAAACUUAUAGCUUCUCUCAAUGGUCAAGCGGGUAUUCAAAUAAUCAAAAAAGAUUAUUCUAAAGCCAUUGAAAUCUAUCGAAGUGUUUUGACUUCUAUCGAAAGUUUUAAAGAAAAAUUUAGAACCGAUAAACUUCAACUUUAUCAUACUCUUUACAAUCUUACUGAUAUCAUAAAGACAAUUAAGGGUAAACAAAAGGACUCGAUAACGCUAUGUGAAGAUACUGUUGGUGAUAAAUCACCAACCACUGUGUCAAUGGACCAAAUUGGUAAUACUCUUAGGGAUGAAAAUUUAUCGACUGAAACUGAUUCAAUUCGAAAUGAAUAUUUAGCCACUGCCGAUACAGCGAUCCAAGAAGCAAGAGAACAAUUGAAAUCUAUUAUGGAAAAUACUUCAUCUCAAGUGUCGAUUUUAUCAUCAGAUUGGUGGAUAGAAGCUCUUGGUAUGAUAAUCGAUAAAAAUGAAGAAGCUGCAUUUACGAGUAGAUUAAAAGAAGGACUUGAAGAACGUGCUCUCCGUAGUUUGGUUAAACAAGGAAAAGUUUAUCAAUAUUUGACAGGAAAACAUCGACAAAUAUCUGGACUCGAAUUAAUCAUUGUCAUGAGUUUAGAUGAAAUUAAAAUGAUUCGAGAAAAGCUAAUUGAUUCUGUUGUUAGCAUGAAAUCCAAGCCUGAUGACCUUGAAUUUAAUCAAGCUAUUGAAUGUCACUUGAGACCUGGUAAAGAUGAAGAAGGUAACAUUGCGCCAGGACCAAAAUGUUCCUACUGUUUAAUUCACGAGACGUUCAACGAUUAUGAAGGAAAAUUGUACUUUCUACUUGAAAAACAGAAAAUCAACAGAAAACGUCGAUUUGCAGAUGAAGAUGAAGAUGAAGUUGAUGUAAAUAUUUUAGAAGAGCAGAGAAAAGGUAAUUGGUCUAAAAGUGAAACUGAACAAGUUCUAAAAACUAUCAGUAGCUUUAUUUCAAAGUACGAUAAUUCCACCGAGAGUCAGAGAGAAAAAGCCAAGAAAAUGUUGGAACUUUUCGAACAGCUGAAGAAGGAAUUUCGAGCUUUAAGAUCCGUUUGGAUCAGUAUUUUCGAUUUCGUCUCAAGAUUAGACGAACUCAAUAUGGCCACUAUUCGAUUGAGAAAAAUUCAUCGCAACGAACUCAAACCUGAUGAAUCAAUAAAUUAUAUUCUGGAAGCUCAUGAGAUUGAACCAAAUUUAAUUCAGCUCCAAGCUGACGAGAAAAUUUCUAAAGCUGAUCUUCAGAAAAAUCUUUCUCAUCUUAAUUUUCUGACUAAUCUUAAAAAAUCAAAUUUCUGCAAGGAAGGAGGGUCGAACCCAGAACCAUGUCCAGUUUGUAUGCACCUUCUUGGGAAAACUUGGAGCUCACUUAGUUGUGGCCAUUCUUACUGUUUGUCUUGUUGUAAUCUCAUGAUCGAUGAUAGCGGUGCCGAGAUGGACAAACCUGAGGGACAAUUCAGAUCAAUUAGAUGUCCUAUUUGUCGACAAUUCACCAAAAUCAAUGAUAUUAUCCAUGUUGCCACAAACAGUGUUAAUUCGGACGAAGAUAAGAUCCAGGUUAAAGGUUCGUGGUCGUCAAAAGUCGAGGAAAUUGUACGAACUUUGCUGCAAAUUCGUUCGAAAGCACCGUCAGACAAAUGUCUCCUUUUCUCAAGUUGGACCUCGUUUCUUAUCCUGAUUGGUCGAGCUUUAUCUGAGAAUGGAAUUAGUCACAUUCUCGCCGAUAAACCAAAAAAAUUCACAAUUAAAAUUGAUGAAUUUAAAACUGGUGACAUUUCGGUUCUUUUGAUGCCAAUUCAUCUUGGAUCAAAAGGUCUUAAUCUUAUCGAAGCGAAUCAUGCGCUGCUGGUCGAACCUCUUUUAGAUCCAUCUCACGAAUAUCAGGCCAUCGGUAGAAUCCAUAGAAUUGGUCAGACAAAGCCAACUCAUGUCUAUCGAUUCAUUGUGAACCAAACAAUCGAGGAAAAGAUCAACGAAAUGUUUUCUCUCUCAUUUAAUUACAAUGCAUAUUCUAAUUUAAUUGAUAACCAAGGAGUUUGUAAUACUGUGAAAGAUAUUUAUGAUCUUCUUCUAGCCGAUGUAUCAUCGAAAAUGGAAAUCGAAAACGAUUAGAAUCAAUGAUCGUCCAAUAAUUCACAAAACUUUUUUUGAAUCAACUAGAAUUAUUUCAAUCAACUAACUGUAUUUUUUACCAUCUUUAAAUAUUAUUAAUUAAACGUUUUAUUUUUUUUACACUACUAA